AUGUGCUAAAAAGCACCCUCUAAUCACCUCCUCCUCGAACAUGGGGACCGUGCUUAGCUUUUCACCGCGAGAACGAAGACCCGUGUACUCCAGUUCAUCUACUGGUGAUUUUACCCUCAACAACUUCUCCUAUGAGCAACUGAAUAAUGCCAAAAAUCGCGAACUCAAACUCCCAAACUCAGCAUCCAGCCAGAAUCUCCAAAACAACAACUGCAACAACAUUAACAACAACGACAAUGCGCGGAUCAUAUCGGAGAAGAACGCGCUCGAGAAGAAUCUUAAGAAGCAUUCGCUUUUCAUCAACGCCCUGUCAUGGAAGAAGUUUUCCACCGCAAACAACAACAAGAAGAAACUCGACAACAAGAACAAAAAUGUCACCGUUUUCAGGCAGCCACUUCUCGAUAACGUCGUCAUCGACAAGAACAAGAACCUCAACUCUAACAAGCAGCAAGGUGGUUACAAUUAUUCCAACUGCCGUAGCACGGGUACUUCGACAUUAGCCCUCGACAUUGUGAGAACCAAUAACGCCAACAACACUAAUAACCACCAUGCCAACUGCGAAAAAGUGUGCAAUAAGCAAACGGCUCUUUUGAAUCAGCAUUCCCAUUCCCAAAACCAAAACCAGGUCGUACCAGUACAGGUUCCGAAAAAAACCGUGAUACAAGCCUCUACCUCUGAACUGUUAAAGUGUCUCGGUAUGUAUUUGCACACAAAAUGUUACAAACUUCGGGACUUCCAAGCUGGCGACGCUGUAAUGUGGUUGAGAACAGUUGACAGAAGCUUACUCUUGCAGGGCUGGCAGGACGUUGCCUUCAUUAAUCCAGCUAAUGUAGUAUUCGUUUACAUGCUAGUGAGAGAUCUGGUCGAAGACGACAUUGAUUGCGAACAGGACUUGCAAGCCGUGGUUUUGACUUGCCUCUAUCUGUCCUAUUCGUAUAUGGGCAACGAGAUAUCGUACCCGUUGAAGCCCUUUCUUGUUGAGGAUUCAAAAGAGAAGUUCUGGGAUCGGUGCCUGAACAUAGUGAACAGACUAUCGUCAAAUAUGCUUCGCAUAAAUGCGGAGCCUGGUUACUUCACCGAAAUAUUCACCGAAUUGAAGGCCUGCGGUCUUAGUAACGUUGUGACAUCCAAUAUGGCAACAGUGACAUGCCAAACAGUACCUGUUGUUCCAUGUAAUACUGGUUCGACAACGGCUGCCUGACAAAAGGAGAUAACUGUAGUAAAAUUAACUUUAACCGAAGCUCCUACGGUACCGUGCCAGGUUUAGUCGCCGCUCCCAUUCCCCAUCCAUUGUGAUACCAACGACCGAUAUUUAUUAGUAGUUUGUACAGAGUUGGCGCAAAAAAUUAGCGGAAAAGGGAAAAACGAAAAGAACAACAGUUCAAUUCCUCGGAACACGGCGUCGAAAAAAUGCUAACGAAAAAGUAUGUUCGAAACUAGAUCUAACUAAUGUAUUGAGCGAAAAUACAAGAAAGGCUAUUAAUUUUGCGCAUUUAGCAGGCCAUUCCAAAACACAAUGCUUACUAAACAACGUUUAAUUUAGAAAAAUUAAAAUACUGCGUAUCUAAAAUGCUAACCAACCAUUCGAACAAACCAGAAGUUAAAAUUUAUUAAUCAGAUCAAUAAUUAUAAUGUUUCUAUGAGGUGCAUCAUGAAGUUAUUGGUAAAGGUAUAUAGGGAUGUUUAAUUAAAGAAUAGGUAACUGCCAGAAAAUGUCCGAAAUUAAGUGCCUUUUCGUCAAGAGGAAUUACAAGAAAAACGAGUUGCUCCCGUUCGUUAGUUCGUUCGUUAGUUGUAAGUUAAAUCGUUUUCUUUUUGCAAAAUUCGGUUUCCGUUAUGUUACGGAUCGGGCAAUAUGGGCGCCAUUUUACUUAUUGUAUUGUCGUAUUGCUGCAGGUUGUCAACCGUUCACCGGGUUGCAUAUUCAGUAAUGGCAGACAUUCGAGAGGAUAUUAAUGAGUACAGUAUUCGUUUAUAUCAGGUAAAUGCGAAGUAGGUAUUAAUUAAUCUUAUACCACGGUUACAUAAAUAAACUAAAACCGUUUUUUAACUAAAUUUUGUUUGUACGUAUUCCUUGAUUCAAUUCUGACGCUUUUGGUUUAUUUCUCAUAAUGUUAAUAUUUUCUUAGUUAUGAUUUUUCAAACAUCUAAACAAUUAGAACUGGCAUUAUCAAAAAGAUCUCGAAAAAGUCUUCUUUGUUGGUCUAGUUUUUAAUGCCUGUUUACUGUAUUAUUUUAAUUUAUAAAAAAUUGUAGAUAUUAUUUUUAUUGAAAAUGAAUCAAGAAUAUUAAUACUUUUUCUAUUCAAGAAAGGAAACUUUUUGGUCUCUGUUUUAAACAUUACCUGGUCGGUUUACAAACUUGAUAACCUGCAUUUAUAUACCGAGAAAAAUCUCUUUAUCACAACCAUGAAUAAUUUAAUGGAUUUUCCGAACGAAUGAGCCAAUAUUACCCGAACUACUAAGGCAUUACGAUUAGAUGUAAGCUAGUGAUAAGCGUUUGAAUACAAACAGAAGAGAAGAAAACAAUCGAAAUUAGUAGAGAAAUUUUAGGUAAUCAUAACUUAAAAAUGAAGACGUUACACCCAUGACGAGUAUUAUCAGAACUUCCUUUGUAGAAUUUGUUGCAGUUAGAAGUAUAAUGAGUAAUACAUAAUAUGUAGUACCUAAUUACUUCUUCGGAAUGGCCAUUACAAUAGUCGAUUCUGUAAGUCAUUUUUAAUAAUGACUGUUUAUGGCAGAAUCCAAUUUUAGCUUAUUAUUUAUAUUAUGAAUGUCAGUUCGUUUAUCUGACCAAUUCUUUAUAUUAUUCCUUAACGCUAUUAAUGGCUGGGAAGGUGCAAUUCAAAAAUUCUAGUCUUAAAGAAAUACA